UACAGAAUACCAGUCAUGCGUGCAUAUUUCCGAACAAUGUGUGCGCUAGUCAAAUGAAACACGCUAUAGCGGCCACUUUUCAAAUUCAUUCAGGUUAAGGUGCGCGAAUACCGCAGGCCCUGGUGCCUUUCUUUAUUGGCCACAGCAGUGUAUUUACACCAGCAGCGACCAACCAAGCAGGUUUAAGACAGCUAGGGAAGGUGUCACCAGUCGUGUAGUUCAAAACACGACCCAGAUUUGCUGAACACUCCGCCAACACGGACUACAUCUCCCCCGAGUCGGCGGCGAGACGAAGGGAAGACGACCUGAGUAAAACGGCCCGAUCUCACACAGUUCUCCAUGGCGAGACGACAGACAGAACAACAGAUGGCAGAAUAUAAAGAGGCCUUCUCUUUAUUUGACCGCAAAGGCGAGCACAAAGUGGGACUGGAUGAAUUAGGAAACCUUGUCCGGUCAGUUGGGCUUAGUCCGUCAGAGGCUGAGGUGGCGCAGUUAAAAAAUGAGCUGGAAAGACAAGGUAAAAGAGGCGUGGACUUCAACGACUUUGUGGAAUUAAUGACACGUCAUCAGAACAUGAGAGAAACCCCCGAUGACGUCAGAGAAGCAUUCCGAACAUUCGACAAAGACGGCAAUGGUUACCUCAGCGCUUCCGAACUCCGUCACGUGCUCACGUGCCUGGGGGAGAGACUGACGGACGAGGAGGUGGACGAACUGAUCCGAGAGGCGGAAAUUACCGGAGAUGGAUUAGUCAGUUACGAACAUUUUGUGAAAGUUCUCCAAGAGUGAUGUCAUUGCCCAAAACAGAUAUAAAUUCUUUAAAAGCAACGGGUCCAAAAAUGGAUCACAUACAUUUGGUGAAUGAAAUUAAAUUUGAGUAAGAAGAAACUUGAGCCCUUGAGGCUUUUAGGAACAGGUUCCAAACGACUUGUAUAUAAUGUCGGUCACAGACGUCAUCUUGAAGUCUGUUGGAACUGUUUUCCGGUGCGGAAGGAUCAAGAGUGAAAGUUUCCAUCACGUGACCAGCUUAUUCCGAAAUCUCUCAUAAAAUUUCUUCACGGAUUAAAGGAACUAAAAAUGUAUUUGAAUGGUAUGUAUAUAGAGAGAAAAUAGGUUGCCACCCCACCCCCUUCAGUUUCACGUGUCAUUUUGAACACACAGCUCUGUUACACUUUGUUCUUGCAGCCUGUUGAGUGAUGAAGCCGUGUGUAGAGGGUACAUAUAUUUGUUGUAUAAGAAGCGUGUAUGAGAUUUGCGCCCCUCUCUUUGUAGCUUGUAUUUCUUCUCUCCCAAAUUUCAGGACCCAUCAUCACAACUCAAGUAAUAAAAUUGUAUAUUUGCUCCAUUAGAAACCACGAGUUCAUGUCUUUGUUUCCCAAGAAUAAGAUAUACAAGUUAUUU